AUGGCUCUCAGGGACAGCCGAGAGUAUGACGAAGAGCCGGGGGAGAGCUGGGGGGAGGAGAGGGAGCAGGGUUUUGAGAGGCUGCCACCAGACCUAGCAGAGAGGUACGACACGGAUCUCAUCAAGCAGGAUCUCUUCUUCAAGAAGGAUUCAGCGCGGUACAUCAAGAGGUUGAUCGACGACUACAUACACAACAUCUCCAAACUCGAGCUGGAGCGAUCGAGUAGGGCUCUGGGCCAUGAGGUGGAUGCCACUGAGGCCGAUGCCGCAGAGCGACUCAAGACGGCCCUGCCCUCGCAGCAAUGCCGGCAGAUCAUGGAUCGGAUCUGGUACGAGACCCACUCGUCGAUGAAGAAGGCUGCGGCCAAAUACGAGCAGUGCCCCCCCGAGGAGAUGGACAGGCACUACGAGCAAUUUCUGGAAGUCAGGAACUUGACAUUCGACCUGUUCGAUGAGAACGAGAGAGACAGGAGGAGCUCGAUCGAAAGGGAAGGAGGGUGGAGAGGAAGGGAGGAGGAGGAUGACGAGGAUCUGGUUCCAAACUUCCUCCCUGAAAACCUGGAAGCGUGGAAGACGAGGAAUCUGAGGGCAGAGAUGUACAGGGAGAAGGUGGGGGUUGUCGAUCCAAGGAUAGAGAAGCUGAACAUCCCUUACAAGAUCUACUGCUUCUCCUUCAUCGAGGCUUUCUGGGAGAACUGGGUCCCUUCAGACGCCUCGAAGGAGGAGGAGGAGUACAUCUCGGGUCUCAAGGACCAGAUUUUUGCAUUGUACAAGAAGAAAGACUUUGCACAGGUCGAGGCGCUCCUCAACGAGGUCCUGCGUCGGGCGCCGAAUUGUGUGCCGGCCCUGAUCAUCCGCGGGAGCCUGAUCGCAGGGCUCACGCUCAAGUACAAGAAGAUAGAGGAGGAUGAGCUCUCGGAGCAUGGGGUCUGGGCCAACGACCCUGACGCCUCCUCGGAAAGUUUCCUCACCCGAGACCCCAUGACGACAGCAGCUUUCAACUCGUCGGAGUUGACGAGGGCGCGAGGGAGGAGACUGAGGGAAGAGAUUGAGUCCUCCGACGACUCGUCGUCGAACGAGUCCGCUACAACCUCCUCGCACCUCCUGUCCUCGUCUGCGAGCUGGGACCCUCCCAUGUCGUCGGAGACCAUGAGAGAGAACUAUCCGAGCCUGGAGCUGAGGGAGAUCACAGACCCUCGGAUGAUAGAGAACCUGACGAGGGCGCGUGAAAGCUACGAGGCUGCCUACAAAAUCGACCCGACAAGCCUCCCUGCUACCUGCAACCUUGCCACGCUUCUCACUUUCUUCCCCAACGCCUCAGCAGCAUACCCCUACAUCGAGCAGGCGAGGCACGUCGACCCACUCGCCGCUCAUUUCUGCACCAACCUGAUGAUCAAUCAUCUCAAUUAUAUCAUCAGGAAGAAGGAUGUCAAUCACAAGCAUCACUACGACACCUCGCAAUCGGACACGUCUUUCAUGUACUACGAGAAGUUCGGCCCAUGCCGAGAGUUCGGUUGGCCAUCUGAAGUCCUCCCGGAGGAAGGUCUUUCCGACUUAAAGUCGUCCUGGGAGGAGAAGAGGUUUGAGAACGUGACGAGGGAGUUUUUCGGGAUCCAGGCGGAGCUGAACAACUCGGAGGCAUCCGAGGAGUUUGACUUCGAGGAGUUCCUGCAGACCAAAGUUCUCAGGAUGCGGAAACCCUCGGAGAAGAAGGGGCAGGGACGCGCAAAGCAAGAGCAGCUGCAAGAGUAG